AUGCUGCCGCGGGCCGCAGCGCUGCCGCCGGGGCCUGGGCCCCGCCCGCCGCCGGCCGCCGGCCUCCAGGAGCCGCAGCCGCCGCGGGGCCGGGCCAUGGCGAGCGCCGGCGCCGCCGACAGCGUCCGCGCGGAGGCGGCGGGGCCGCAGGCGGAGGCCGCGGAAGAGCCCGAGGGCGGCAGCCGGCGGUGGGGCGCGCAGCACGCCGGGGCCCGCGAGCUGGCCGAGCUCUACUCCCCAGGAAAGAGGCUGCAGGAGUGGAUCUCGGUCAUCCUGUGCUUCUCUCUCAUCUGCUUCAAUUUUUACAAUCUUCUCUUCUACUUGCGCCUGGAACACAUGCCCUCAGUGAUUGUUGGGAUCUUUGCAGGAGUUAUUACGGCUGACUUUCUAUCAGGACUGUUUCACUGGGGAGCAGAUACGUGGGGAUCCGUGGAGCUACCCGUAGUUGGAAAGGCCUUCAUCAGACCCUUUAGAGAACAUCACAUUGACCCCACAGCAAUUACCAGACAUGAUUUUAUAGAGACCAAUGGGGACAACUGCUUUAUGACACUGGUCCCGUUGGCAAACAUGGCAUACAAAUUUGUUUCUUUUUCCCCAGAGGCACUAUAUGAAACGUGUCCUUGGGAGUGUUAUGUCUUUGCACUCAUCAUCUUCAUAACCAUGACGAACCAGAUUCACAAGUGGUCUCACACGUACUUUGGUCUUCCACGCUGGGUCAUAUUCCUACAGGACUGGCACAUUAUCCUGCCACGGAAGCAUCACAGGAUCCAUCAUGUGUCUCCACACGAGACAUACUUCUGCAUUACAACUGGUUGGCUGAACUAUCCAUUAGAGAAGAUAAGAUUCUGGAGGUGUUUGGAGAACAUUAUCCAAGCAGUUACCGGGGAGAAGCCAAGAGCUGAUGACAUGAAAUGGGCUCAGAAAAUUAAGUAACUUUUGCCAGCCUUCUGCAAUCCUUAACUUGUUGCCAAUGUUUUUUUUUAAUACAAAGCCAUCAGCCAAAUUCAAGACCUGCAAAGAAAUAACAGACUCUAAAGCACAAACUAAAAAGUGCUAACAGACUGCAACAAAAUGAACUAAUUCUUAAAACAAUACUUGAAAUGGAGAUGAUUACUCUUACUGAGCACCUUUCUGUUUGGCCAUGUCUGCUUACAUCUUAGGAAGUACUUCAUCACUGUGUCUCAAAAGGCUAUCGGGCAAGCCAGAAGGCAGGACAGUCACUCCAUUGGUACAUGGUGGCGUAGUAAACAUGUGUUGUAUCAACAUUAUUUAACACUUCAAAAAUAGCUUGUUGCCUAAGACCUGUAGGGAGAAUGGUGACAGCAGUGUGUCACAGUGUGUUUGAGUCCAGGUACACUGCAUGAAAACAGUGUGUGAGAAUAAUGGAAGCCUAUAAAAUAAUCACUGUUCAAUGCACUUAGUGAUCGAUAAGCCUACAGCUCUAUUAUGUUGAAUUGGACUGAUCUAAUGUGGGCCAGACCUUGGGAAUCUUGCUCCACCAGUGGGCCACAAAUCCUCAAGUGUCUUCAGUUUCCCUUGAAGUUGUUCUACCCUCUAUGUGGAACUGAGCUGUUUCUGCAUAAGCCUUCAACUUACGAAGCCUCUGAGAAGAGGGAGGGCACCCAGUACGACACAUGCUUGCGUUUGUUCAUGCGGAGUGCUCGCUGAUGGGUCUUCUGUUAAGUGUUCCCUACCCUGACAAUAAAUGUUUAAAAUAGUUCUAGUAUUGGGCACAUUGCAAAUAGCUGUAUUCAAGAGCUCAAGGUAUCAAAUUGUAAUGUUAGAAGGGAAAUUGUCAAUGACUGGUGUUUUGUUCUUUUUUUUUAAGGUGCUUGCUUGUUUCUGUAAAUAAUAUAAAGCCUUAAUCUCUUCUGGUGUAAUGGAAUAAUAUUUUAAUGUGAUGUUUGAAUGUAUAUAAUAUAUUUAUAACAAAGCAGUUGGAUAAUACUAA